UUUCAUAUUUCAAAAUAGGAUUUCAUCUUUGAUUUGCAGUUUGCACUAAAUAGUUUGUUUUGGUUUUAAUGCAAAUUUUGUAAGAGUAAUUUUACGUAAUUUUCACUAUUUUUCUGAGCCUAAAAAAACAAGGAUAUCUUUAAAAAUGAGCCGCCGUAAACGAGCAAAGGUCGAUGCCCGCGAAUUAGAUGAAAAAUUAAAACCUGAAGAUUCUGAAUCUGAUCAUUCAGAAAAAAGUAAAAUAACAUCAUCCAGUCCUGCUGCUGUUACAAGUCGUAGAGAGUCCUCUUCAAGUCGUACCACAGAUUCCAAAAAAGAGGAAAAACCGAUAGUUGAAGAAUAUAAAAGCGAAGAUAUUGAAGAAAUUAAUUACAAAGAAAUGUUGAACAGCUUGGAAGGAGCAGCAUUUCAGUCCAGAUUACCAUUUGAUAAAAUGUCUUCAUUAGAGGCAGAAUGCUUUUCUGACUUGCAAGGGUCGUCAGCUCAAGCAUUUAUUCAAAUAAGAAAUAGAGUCCUUAAACUUUGGUUUGAAGAUCCAAAAAAACAGUUGACUCAAGAACGCAGUAUUCAUAAAAUGGAUCCUCCAUAUAAUGCAGAUCCUGUACUUAUUUUGAGAACACAUGCUUUCUUAGAGAGACAUGGCUUCAUAAACUAUGGAAUUUAUGAACGUAUUACACCUAUUCCAUCACCUCCAAAAGGGAAGCAAAGGCCAAAAGUCAUCAUUAUUGGUGCAGGAGUUUCGGGGUUAGCUGCAGCACGCCAACUAAAGUCAUUUGGUUGUGAAGUUGUAAUACUGGAAGGCAGAGAUCGAGUUGGCGGGAGGAUUGUCACAUAUAGAAAAGGACCAUAUGUUGCUGAUUUAGGUGCUAUGGUUGUGACCGGACUUGGAGGCAACCCAGUUACCACACUAGCUGUUCAGAUGAAUAUUGAUCUACAUAAGAUAAAACAAAAGUGUCCCCUGUAUGAAGCUACUGGAAACCAAGUUCCAAAGCACAAGGAUGAAAUGGUUGAGCGUGAGUUCAAUCGCCUCCUGGAUGCAACAUCAUAUCUCUCCCAUCAAGUUGACUUCAACUAUUACAACGAUACUCCGGUUUCCCUUGGCCAAGCGCUGGAGUGGGUCAUCAAGUUGCAACAGAAGAAUGUCAAACAUAAACAGAUACAUCACCUGAAAGCGCUCAUAACACUGCAAGAGAAACUUAAGAACAACAUAAAUACAAUGUCCGACAUAAAAGAACUGCUUUCAUCGCUCCAUGCUGAGAAGGAGACAUUGUUGGCCGAAAAAGAUAAAGGAGCCACCGGCGACGCCAGUAUCUUACAAGAGUUUAAUUUGCGACGACUAAACCGGGAAUUGAACAAAUUGUGCAACGAAUACGAAACAUUGACCAAACAGAACAAUUCUAUUGAAGAGAAGCUGAACCAACUUGAGACUAAUCCGCCGAGCUCCGUAUAUCUGUCCGUACGCGACAGACAGAUACUGGACUGGCACUUCGCCAAUCUGGAGUUCGCGAACGCCACGCCGCUCGGGAACCUCUCGCUGAAACACUGGGAUCAGGACGAUGACUUCGAGUUUACUGGGAACCAUUUAACAGUUCGCAAUGGAUACUCGGGGGUACCAGUGGCGCUGUCCGAAGGUCUGGACAUCAGGUUGGGCACAUCAGUCACAGAGAUAUCGUACGGAGGACCAGGCGUUACUGUCAAAGCCACCAACCCGAGGGCUCCUGGACAGACACAAACAUUCAAUGGUGACGUAAUCCUGUGUACUCUGCCCCUGGGGGUGCUGAAGGUAGCGGUCGCGAAUACUGGACAGAACCAGCAGAACUUCGUGCAGUUCGAUCCCCCGCUGCCUGAUUGGAAGGUUGCAGCUAUCAAACGUUUGGGAUAUGGAAACUUGAAUAAGGUGGUGCUAUGUUUUGAAAGAAUAUUUUGGGACCCGAGCGCUAACCUGUUCGGUCAUGUUGGAACUACAACCGCAAGUAGAGGUGAACUGUUCCUGUUCUGGACCCUGUACAGCGCUCCAGUGCUGCUCACUCUGGUCGCGGGCGAAGCCGCCGCCGUGAUGGAGAACGUCACCGAUGACGUCAUCGUUGGCAGGUGCAUCGCCGUGCUCAAGAGCAUUUUCGGGCACGCGGCCGUGCCACAGCCGAAGGAAUGUGUUGUUACGAGAUGGCGCGCGGAUCCCUUUGCACGUGGAUCGUACAGUUUUGUAGCGGUGGGCUCGUCGGGAACUGACUACGAUCUGCUGUCAGCGCCGAUUCCGGACGCCAAUGGUGAUAACAGACUCUUCUUCGCUGGCGAGCAUACAAUGCGCAACUAUCCCGCGACGGUGCACGGCGCGUUCCUGUCUGGACUGCGUGAGGCUGGGCGACUGGCCGACCUCCUGAUGCCGCUGACUCCUGUCACCAACGCGACUGUCGCGUCAGCCAUGGCUGGUCACUCCUGACCAAAGGCCACUGCUGCACCUCCUCCGCACGAGAAGAAACGCGAGGUGCUACGUUCUCUGACUUACGCUGAUAACUAAAGUAGGCUAGGGUUCAGAGAACUAAUUUGAUCAUUAUUUCACGUUUUAGACUAGGGUGUUUUUUAUAUUUUCAACUAUAUGAAUGGACAGCAUAUACAAAGAGGUUGUUUGAAUUCAGACUACAGGUAAAAUUCGUCAAAAACGCUGUAAAUUUAAGUCUUAGAUUUGACACCGCUUUGUAAUGAAGACUUUAUGCACUCUAUUUCAAUUUAAUAAGAAAAUUGUUGCUUUUUGGUAUUAACGAUUACAUAAUCGAUAGGCUUUCUUAGUAGGUUAUACAUAGGUUAGAAUGACGUGGUUACUUUUAGGAUCAAGUAGAAACACAUUUCUUGAUAUUUGUUCUUGAUAUGGAAAUAUGACACUAGCGCUUGCUUAUGGCUUCUUUGUAAUCUUGACAUUUUGGAGAAAAAAAUAGGUUGUAGGAUAAAUUAAUGUAGUUUUGUAUUGAUAGAGGUUAAAGCUCUAAAUGUUUGUGAAUAUGUAGCGUUAAGUUCACAAAUGUUUGUGGCUAUUUUGUGUGUUAUUUGUCAGAAUCGUCACAACUCGACGUAUCCUUGUGUUCGCAGAUUUACACAUAGUUAUAAAGUGCGAUGUAUUUAUAGUAACUGUUGGCAAUAAUGUUUCAAGUUCUAAUGAAUUAGUUAGUUAAUGAUAAAAUAAUUAGCAAUAAGGUGGAACGCUUUCUUAUGACGCUAUUACGAACAUUGUUAGUGUCGUUGGCGUCACUUUGGUUUUUUUAAAUAAAAUAAUAAUUAAAAUAUGUGAGCAGAUUUUGUGUGUCUUUUGUAUCACCUAAACAAUAAGGACGUGAGCACGCUAUAUUUCCCAUUGCAUGAGUUACUCGAGAGAUACGUUCAACGUGACAGAAUAACUCUGUCUAUGGCAGCUGACAUUUGCACUGUGGGAGGCUCCUUUGCACAGGAUGCCGGCUCGAAUAUGGGUACCACAACGGCGCCUAUUUCUGCCGUGAAGCAGUAGUGUGUAAACAUUACUGUGUUUCGGUCUGAAGGGCGCCGUAGCUAGUGAAAUUACUGGGCACAUGAGACUUAACAUCUUAUGUCUCAAGGUGACGAGCGCAAUUGUAGCCCGCUCAGAAUUUUUGGAGUUUUAAGUAUCCUGAGCGUCACUGCAUUGUAAUGGGCAAGGCGUAUCAAUUACCAUCAGCUGAACGUUCUGCUCGUCUCGUCCCUUAUUUUUAUCAAAAAAAUAUGGUCUGUUUAUGCUGCAUAUAAUAUAUCAGUACCGUAAUACUAACCUAGUUAUCUUAUAAGUAAUACAGAAAAGUUAUUCACAAUUAAUGUAAGCCUAACAUUUAGCCUUACGCCCAAUUUAACAAAAGUAUUUUUUGUGUUAGUUUGUAAGUUAAGCCUGAGAUUAUAAGUAACGUAAUCUAUGUUUUUAUAAAGUUUGUAAUUAGACACUGUUUUGCACUUCACUGAGCAGUUGGAAUCAAUUUUUUUCCCCCUCAGUUUGGAUUUCUUUAAAGUAGAGACUCAAGGGAAUCUAAUCACGUUUACUGAUGGGUCAUUCAUACAUUAUAUUAAAUAAGUAUAUCUGCAUGGUUAUUGAGUGUAUUCACUUUACCCAAAUAAUUUACUAAACGUACAUAAUAUGAACUUUGGACCCAAAACAUCACCAUUAUUGACUGCGUCAUGAUCGCUAGUAUUUACGUAUUAUAUUAUAAACUUCUUUAGCAACAAAUACGUUUGCUGAUAUCAUUCUAGAAGGAGUAUUUUAGCAACAAAUAGGAUUUGCUGAUGUCAUUCUAGAAGUAAUAUUUUAACAACAAAUACGUUUGCUGAUAUCAUUCUAGAAGUAGUAUUUUAACAACAAAUAGGUUUGCUGAUGUUAUUCUAGAAGUAGUAUUUUAACAACAAAUAGGUUUGCUGAUGUCAUUCUAGAAUUAAUAUUUUAACAACAAAUACGUUUGCUGAUGUCAUUCUAGAAGUAGUAUUUUAACAACAACUACGUUUGCUGAUGUCAUUCUAGAAGUGGUAUUUUAACAAAAAAUAGGUUUGCUGAUGUCAUUCUAGAAGUAGUAUUUUAACAACAAAUAGGUUUGCUGAUGUCAUUCUAGAAGUAGUAUUUUAACAACAAAUAGGUUUGCUGAUGUCAUUCUAGAAGUAAUAUUUUAACAACAAAUACGUUUGCUGAUGUCAUUCUAGAAGUAGUAUUUUAACAACAAAUACGUUUGCUGAUGUCAUUCUAGAAGUAAUAUUUUAACAACAAAUACGUUUGCUGAUGUCAUUCUAGAAGUAGUAUUUUAACAACAAAUACGUUUGCUGAUGUCAUUCUAGAAGUGGUAUUUUAACAAAAAAUAGGUUUGCUGAUGUCAUUCUAGAAGUAGUAUUUUAACAACAAAUAGGUUUGCUGAUGUCAUUCUAGAAGUAGUAUUUUAAUUUUAUUUUUCUUGUUUGUUGUGCUAGUUAUUAAAUGUGUUUGUAAUGAAUUCGUAAUUAAUAAAUAUUUUUCUACGCA